AUGCUGCUUUCCAGGCUUAUUCUGAUUACCUUUGUCUUAGGAGUCGGAGCUCAGGAAACUCCCGACUCAGAUAACCUCGAAUACAUAAACCCCCUCAUUGGCUCUACGAGUGGUGGAAACGUCUUCGCCGGGGCCUCCCUCCCAUACGGUCUAGCAAAAGCCGUCGCAGAUGUAGAUGGCCAGAACACGGGCGGGUUUUCAACAGAUGGAAGCCGUGUGACGGGGUUCUCAGCUCUUCAUGACUCUGGCACGGGAGGGAAUCCAUCCCUAGGAAACUUUCCUCUCUUUCCACAAGUCUGUCCCGAUAGUGAGGAUGUCAAUACUUGUGACUUCCCAAAGAGUGCUCGGGCAACAGGCUACAUCAAUGACUCGGUCGUUGCGAGGCCGGGGUAUUUUGGCCUGACUCUAGAAAGCGGGAUAAAAGUGGACAUGACCGUUUCUGAAAGAGCGGCCUUGUUCCGAUUUACUUUCCCUUCGAGUGCCGGCUCGGGAAAUGCAAGUCCGCUGAUACUGCUCGAUCUGACGGAUCUCUGGGAUAGUCGGCAAAAUGCCUCUAUCGCCAUUGACCCGGAAAACGGGAGAAUACUGGCCAACGGGACGUUCCUCCCUUCAUUUGGUUCUGGGUCAUACAGAUCAUACACCUGUGUGGACUUCUACGGAGCAGAUAUUCGCGAUGGUGGAGUGUGGGUGAACGACCGUGCAGGUACAGAGACGCAAGAUUUGUAUGUGAAGAGGGGGUUCAACCUGUUUUACCUGCAGGCUGGUGGAUUCUUAAGGUUCAGAAGGUUAUUCGAUGAGGAUAUGACAGUGGCUGCGAGAGUUGGCGUUAGCUACAUAAGCAGCCAACAGGCCUGUGAGAACGCAGAGAGGGGGAUUCCGAACCCCUUGAAUGAUUUUGAACGAUUGCGGACUGGCGCGGAGGGUGCAUGGAGAGAAAGGUUAAGCCCUAUCUCUAUCAAAUCUGGUGGAGCUGAUGUGGAGCUGGAGAGGAGCUUCUGGAGUGCUAUCUAUCGAAACAUGCUGAGCCCGCAGGAUAUGACAGGAGAGAAUCCACUUUGGGAGAGCAAAGAGCCGUAUUUUGAUUCCUUCUAUUGCAUAUGGGACUCAUUCCGUGUACAGCACCCACUUCUAACCAUCAUUGACCCCGAGACUCAGUCCCAAAUGGUCCGCAGUCUUCUAGAUACGUACAGGCAUGAAGGCUGGCUGCCAGACUGCCGUAUGAGUCUAUGCAAAGGCUGGACUCAGGGCGGCUCAAACGCUGACGUUGUUCUCGCGGAUGCGUAUGUUAAGAAUCUUACGGGGAUUGACUGGGGUCUCGCCUACGAAGCCAUGGUCAAUGAUGCUGAGAACGAGCCAUUGGAAUGGUCAUAUGAGGGCCGUGGCGGGCUUCAGAGCUGGAAGCGUCUGAACUAUAUCCCAUAUCUCGACUUUGAUUAUCUAGGCUUUGGAACAAACUCCCGAAGUAUCUCGCGAACGGUUGAGUACUCAUACAACGACUUCUGCGUAUCAACUGUCGGAAGAGGACUGAAGAAAGACAGGUACACAACCUACCUCUCCCGCGCGGGUAACUGGAAGAACCUGUUCAAGAACGACCAGACAUCUUUCAUCAACGGUACAGAUACAGGAUUUGUUGGUUUCUUCCAGCCGAGAUACCUGAACGGAACAUGGGGCUACCAGGACCCCAUCGCCUGCAGCGCCCUUGCUUCGUGGUGCUCACUUACAAGCAACCCAUCAGAAACAUUUGAGUCGAGCGUCUGGGAGUACCAAUUCUACGUCCCCCACGACAUGUCCUCCCUAAUCACCACACUUGGCGGCGACGAUGCCUUCAUCUCCCGCCUCGACUUCUUCCACGACUCCGGCCUCGCAGACCUAGGCAACGAGCCUGUAUUCCUAACAGUAUACCAGUACCAUUACGCGGGUCGCCCAGGCCUAUCCUCAAAGCGCGUUCACGGCUACAUUCCUUCACGCUUCAAUACAUCAACCUCGGGGCUUCCAGGUAACGACGACUCCGGCGCAAUGGGUGCAUUUACCGCGUUCUCAAUGAUGGGACUGUUCCCCAACCCGGGGCAGAAUGUAUAUCUUAUCACAGCGCCAUUUUUCGAAGAGAUUUCUAUCACGCAUCCGCAGACGAAUCAGACGGCCGUGAUUAGGAGCGUUAACUUCGAUCCAGCUUAUAACCGGAUAUAUAUCCAGAGUGUCAGGCUGAAUGGCCAGGCCUAUACAAGGAAUUGGAUUAGCCAUGAGUUUUUCACGGAGGGCUGGACGUUGGAGUUGGUUCUCGGUGAGGAGGAAAGUGGAUGGGGAAGAGCUGUAGAGGAUAGGCCGCCGAGCUUGUCGACGGAUCUGGGGAGAGAUUUGAUAAUAGAUAGAGGUGGCUAUGGUGAGGCUGGUGCUAAUAUUCUGUCAUAGAUAUAUUUUGCGCAGUAAAGAGGAUACAUACGACCCUCUGUCCUCAAGCUGAAAGGUGUAGAAACAGGGUUGAAGACCACAU